CACGCGUUUUUAAUCGAUCGAUCAUUUCUCUCGUGCGCCUCACACCCGCAGUGCAUUAGUUAGUGAAAAACGUGCGAGCAUGGCUUCGAUACUGCGCUCUUCGAAAUUCGUGCGGUACAUUGCCGGCUUCGCGCGUAACAUCGUUGUAAACACACCACGCGAGUUCGACGGCAGCAUCGUCAACAGCUCGACAUGUCUUUGCGGUGCCAUACCCAGAUCACUUGCAACGCAAGUCCAGCACGACCAAACACUCGACUCUUGUCUACGACGUCUUGAUCAAGAUGUACGCCGCACCGGUCGAAUAUCCCGUCGUGACAUCGAAGAUGUCCUCGAAGAAAUCCGCCACACGCGCUCACCGACCAGCUCACAGAGCCUGCUAGUCAUCCGCUGCUGCGGGAAUCUUGUUCCUGAAGAACUCCCAGAGACACGCACGAAACUCGUUCAAGAAAUAUGGAACACCCUCAACAAACUCAAUGUACCCAUGGACAUUUCACACUACAACGCACUACUGCGCGUUUAUCUAGAAAACGAACACGAAUUCACACCGACAGACAUCCUGGCUGAACUUGAAGCCAAAGGAAUCGAACCCAAUAGAGUAACAUACCAAAGAUUGAUUGCUAAAUAUUGUCAGAGUGGUGACAUUGAAGGCGCAACCAGAAUCCUCGAAUUUAUGCGAGAAAAACAACUGCCAGUCAAUGAAAAUGUAUUCAAUGCAUUGAUUGAUGGUCAUUCAAAGACUGGUGACAUGGAAUCAGCUCAUGGUAUCUUAGCUGUCAUGCUACAAGCUGGGCUGGACCCAUCUGCUGACACAUAUACCAUUUUAAUGUCUGGAUAUGCCAAACAAGGAGACAUGGAGACCAUUAAAAUGCUCCUUGAAGAAUGCGACAAGGAGAUCUUUUUAUUAGAUAAAGAUUAUCUUGAGAUUGCUUAUUCUUUAACAAUCAAUGGUCAUGAAGCGCUUGUACCUGAGAUAUUAACAAAAGUCAAGAAACAAUUCGGGUAUAACCAAGACGCGAUCAAUGUUAUUUUCCGGUUGAUUAACAAAGGAUUUGACGAUACAGCGUUUACUAUUAUGAGGACAAUGGUAAGAAAUGAGCGUACAGAUGGAACUCAACAAUCUAUGGGUGCAUUCUUCCUCAAACAAAUGGUAAAAGCAAACCGGCCAAUUGAAAAAAUCCUGGAUGUUUGCAAACGUCUUGAAGAGGAAGAACUUUUUGUAAAUCCAAUUAGUUACAUCACCGAACGCGCUUUAGAAUUAGGCAAUGAAACAGUUGCCUAUGAGUUGUUACACAAGAUGAAAGAACAAGGAUUACCAAUUAGAAAUCAUUACUUUUGGCCUUUAAUCAUCUCGAAAGCAAAUGAUCCCACUGGUGACGGCAUUAUUGAUGUUUUAAUCGAAAUGGGUAAAUUUGACGUGCAUCCGAAUGCGGAAACAAUUCGUGAGUACGUUUUGCCGAAUCUAAAAGGCAAGAGUAGUGAUAUUAUCUCGAAGUUGCGAACGGCGAAUAUUUCGAUUGGUUCCGCUGCGUGUAGUUUGGCGAUUUCAUUGAUUCAGCGCUUUGAUUUGGCUGAGGCGGCUGUUAUUAUGCAAACAGUCCAGGCUUAUUAUCAACCUGAUUUGUUGAGGAAACCUUUGACUGCGGCUUUUUAUAAAACAAAAGAUGUGGAGAAUUAUAUCACUAUCGUGCGGCAGGUUUAUGAGAAUAUGGACAAGAAAGCUGAUUUCGAUAAUGACGACAAAGCCGUUGAUAAAUCUCCGGUCGUUGGACGAUUUAUCAUGGACUUGGCUUCGCAUGGACGACAAUUUAACGAUGUUGUCAUUCCUGUUUUGGAAGCUUUAAUCGCCCAAGGAUUGAGUAUUAGUACAUCAGUCGCUGAGAAAGUACAAGAAAGAAUCGGAGAGAAAAUGACACCGGAAAUAUCCGCCAUGUUGGCUCGUCUAUCAUCCGGAGAAUUAAUUCCGUCACCGAUUGAACGUAAACCACCAGCGUACGUUCCUUCUAGCCAGAUGAAUAUUCCACAACUUGAAAUGUUGAUUAAGAACCUCACCGCGAAGGGUCAAGACACAAAAGGCAUGAAACGUCAACUCCUCAAUCUUUACUAUCGUAAUAAAGAACUCGAAAAGAUGGAGGCGCUAUACGCUGAAUUAGAAUCUUCUCCCGAUUUUCAACAUUCUACUGGUGUAUAUGCACAAUUACUGGACACUUGUGCCUUUCACGAGAAAUACGACGAGACUAUGAAGUACCUGAAGCGUAUUGAAGAAUCUAAUCCGGAAUUUCGUCUGGAUGAUGCUAAAGUAGUGCGUGUUGCUACUGUGAUGGUAAAAAAUGACAAAUUGAACGAUGCUGUUGAGUUCUUGAAACGCCCGAGGGAAAUUAGGGAAGAAAGGAACUUUAUGUUCAAUUCUUUGUGCUGGCGUUUGUUGAAUUACCUCGCUGAUCAAGGAAAUGUCGACGAUUUGCAGCUGGUGUUUGAUACGAUGCUACAAAAUGGUUAUUUGGAGAUGAAUAAUAUCAUUCUGGGUCCGCUGGUAAAGGUUCACAUUGUUAAUAAGGAUAUUAACAAAGCCCUGGAGAAAUUCGAAUGGUGCUGUAAUCAAUUCAGAGCUACACCAUGGAAAAAUGAAUUGGCUUGUCAGUUGAUCCAAGCGGAGGAUGCGGAACGUUUACAGAAGUUGACGGAUUUGAGUACGGCUGUUCACGGGGAGAUUAACAGUUUGUAUGAUUUGGUGUUUGCUUUCGUUGAGUGUGGAAGGGUGAGACAGGCGAGGAAAAUUUUGGAAACGCCUGGAUUACAGAGUCGUCCACAGAGGAUUAAUGUUGCUUGUCAGCGAUAUCGCGAAGAAGGAAUGAUACAACCUCUUGAAGGUCUCUGUGAAGCAACCAAAGAUUUAAACCACAUCGACCGCUCGGAUAUUUAUUAUCAGCUUCUUUUGAGCUACACAAAGCAAAACGACGUGGUGAAAGCCGAACAACUCUGGACACAAAUGCAGGAAGAAGACAUCACACCCACGGAUCAAUUCUUAAACAAACUCGGUAACUUUUUAAUCAAGAACAACAUAACUCCGCCGUUUGUUGUACCACAAAUUGCAACGACCCCUAAAUCUUCUAACGCACAACAAAAAAGUGCAGCACAAAAUACGCAACCUAGUCAACCCGUUGCACAGCCGAAAAAAAUCGUAACAAUCUUCAGAAAUUGUGUGAAAGCCGGAGAUGUUGACAAAGCUCUCGAAAUUCGAAAAACCACCGACGAACCUCUCACAGCAACAGAUAUUUCGCUACUCAUCGAAAAAUUGGUACAAAACAAUCGUUCUAAUGAAGCUACAGCGCUGACUAUCGACGCGCUUGAAAAAGGCCUCGUACCUAUCACCAGAGUAUUCAGAUUUUUACUAAACAAACUCGCGAAUUCAGGUGAUGUUACUUCGAUUGAAACAAUCGGUAGUAAACUCGACUCUGAAUUGAAAAAGAUAGUUUCGUUUGAUAAUCGUAUUUGUCACGCGAAUUUAAUCGCUGGUAAAGCUGAGGAUUAUCUCAAAAUGUUGGAGGUGGAAUUGGACAACGCAAAGGAACAAGACUUAGAAUUGAUUGGCGAAAAGUUCCCGCGAGGUGGCGCUGUGGGCAUUCUAGAGCGACAUCCAGAACUACUCGAAAAAUACGAAGAACUCUCAUUUAAAUACGCCAAACGCGGAAUCAUCGCACCCGUGAAUGUCUUAUGGUCACAUUAUUUCAUUAAUGAUCAACCUGAUAAAGCAGACAAGGUCUGGAAGGAGUAUCUUGAAGGCGCGCCGAGGAUUAUGUUCCAACGAGUUGUACAACACGCACGAGAAGUUAAUGAUGAAAAACUUACAGAGAAACUCAUUCAACACUUAAAGACUUCCAAGGUGACUGAAGGUGCCUUGGGGAAUGCGUACAGUUGUUAUCUAGAUGUGCUUGUCAAUAAGGAAAAGCACGAAGAGGUGGUGAAGAUAUUCGAAACAGCGUUGAAGUCUGUUUCGGUUGAUUUCAUCAAUAGAACUGCGGUUUUACGCGUUAAGGAAUCAUUUGAGAAGCUAGGUAAAGAGUUUAAUCAUACAAUACCGCCAAAACACAAAACACCCGGUGGAUCUGCACAUGGUGCGCAAGAAAGUAGUAGCAGUAGUAGUAGUGAUGAUGAUUUGAAGAAAAACGCGAGUGGUAAGUAAACAAGCAGCUAUUAAAAGCAAGAAAAGAAAAGCCGCAUGAUAGUAUUUUGAUUUUUUGGCGGUGGAUGAUACCCUGGGCGCGUGCAUUUAUCCUCCGGUUGAAAUGCAACCAAUGAUAGAUUAUGAUAAGUCGAACAAAUCGGAUUGGCCGAAUUUGUUUUUAUUCCUUGUAAUUACCUAAUGUUUAUUUUCUAAUAAAAAUAUAUUCGUUGAAAA